UCCUUUUCGACGACCGUCGCGAGCCCCGUCGCCCUCGGCCACGGCGGCGGCAUUCGUUUUCUUCUUCUUCUUCAAACCUUAAGCCUUCACAACUUGCUACGCACACUGCCGACCGUUAAGUAUUUCCUUCUUCUUCUUCUUCUUCUUCUCCUUCUUCUUCGGGCAUGCCAUGGGCGCGAAGCUACUCCAGCUCGCGCCUCACGAAGCGGAGAACCGCCUCGAGCUCUCUCUCCGCCAGGCCUUCCGCCUCCUCGAGCCCAAGCUCCGGCCGCCUUUCCCCCUCGAAAUCCCGACCUCCGACGAGUACUCCGAUCUCACCCGGGCCAUCCUCUACGGAGCUCUGACCGAGACCCAUCUCGCCAAAACCCACGUCAAGCACCUGCACGCCAUCGUCACCGACGGGUACGCGCUCUUCGUGAAUCUGCUGGCUCGAAUUGUGAACGAGCUGUACGAUAAGCUCGCCGAGACGGCGAAAGCUCAGGUCUUGUGGGCCGCUGGCGAGAUGGUCGAUGUUUCUGCAGUAGGGUUUGGCGAAUUGCUGGUCUCGCUGUUGAGGCAAAUUGUCGGGGGCGAUUUUCGCGGCGGGAAUCUGUGGUUGUGUUUCGAGAUGGUGAGCCUGUUUUUGGGUAAAUGGGACUGCUUGGUAGAAGAGGAUCCGUCGGUUUUGACUAGUGCGCUGUAUAGCUUUCUGAGGUUAUUGGCUGACCAUUGUCGGGUGACUGGUGCUGAUUCGAAGUUGGAAGCGCUGAAGAGGUUGGAAAUUGAGUUUUGUGUUAAGAUGUUAAGAGCGCAGUUUGGUUUGUGUCUGAAGAUUGGGAGGGAUUUAAUACGGUUGUUGCAAGAUUUGGUCCAUGUGCCCGAGUUUCGAGCAAUAUGGAGGGAUUUGGUUUCUAACCCAGGAGAGUUUGGGGUUGCUGGAUUUUCGGACAUUGCGCAGUUGUAUUCCAUGAGGACUUCAAGUCGUUAUUUUUUGCUUCGACUUACCCCAGAGGCGGAAAGGCAAUUAAGGUUUCUGCUCACGCACGUGAAGCUUGGGAACCAAAAGCGGCAUCAAACCUGGUUUGCCAGCAAGUUCUUUUGCACUCCGGAUAGGGAGACUCUUAUAGUUGAUAUUGUUCGCUUCGUAUGUUGUGCACACCACCCAUCUCAAGAAAUCAUUCACUCGAAUAUUAUCCCGAGGUGGGCUGUCAUUGGUUGGCUUCUUAAGUCUUGCAGGAAGAUUUAUGUUGAAGCCAAUGCGAAGUUGGCCUUAUUUUAUGAUUGGCUUUUCUUUGAUGAAAGAGUGGAUAAGAUGAUGAACAUUGAACCGGCAUUGUCGUUAAUGGUUCAUUCUAUACCUGACUAUAUCGAACUAACGCACACUCUCCUUGAAUUUUUGUUUCUUCUCGUGGAUAACUAUGACGUGGAACGCAAGGAUAUGAUAUCUAGCGGAGUUUCAUCAUCUUUUAGUCUGCUCAUUAACAAAGGAGUGAGUUGCAAUCUUGAAAAUUUGACAUCAGCUGAAACACUCUCUCCACCUCUGAAGGAGAAGCUUAGGUGUUUCUUAUCUGGUACGAGAUUCGGGAUUGCUGAAAAAAUACAACCAGCUAAAAAUCUUGGUCGUUUAAUUCCCAUGGAGGUCGGAACAGCUUUACCUGAAGAACAUGUUACCUACGUCCAGAACGAUGAAGUUGGGGCCAAGUCAGUUGAUACUUCUGCUUCCUUUCCUUCGAAAUUCUUGACAAUCACUUCGGAAAUUCAGGAAAAUGAUAUCCAAAAAUUGGUUGAACGUCUCAGCAAAGCAAUUAUGAACUCAAAUGAAUCAUGUCUUCAGGCUUUAGAGCAAAUUCUUGAUAUGUAUAUUAAUGUUGGCAGUGACUUGCCCACACAUUGUUCAGUAUCUCCCGAGGUUUUAUCGUUAACUAUAGCAAGGGAACUAGAGUCGAAUGGAUACAAACUCUUUGCACCGCUCGAGCGUCCAAAAGAUGAUCUCGAUGUUGAUGAAUGCAAGUCUCCCACAACAUUAAUUAUCUGUAAAUAUCUCUUUUCUAAGAGCGAAAGGUUAGUUCAAAUGCUUUUGUUUUGGUCGAGGAAUGGUUUUCCUGUGGGAGCACACUUGUUGUAUUAUGCAUCAAGACUAGCUUAUGAGGCAGACAUGGCAAAUCAUAUGGUUCGUGAACUCAUGGGAGAUAGUCUUCACAAGUUGAUCAACACCCGGGUGCCAUUCCUGAUGGGCCACCUUGAUCGUUAUCUCGCCUUUUCAGAUAAAAGGCGAAAGAACUUUCCUGCACCGCUUAUCUCUGCAGCUGUAAUAGACAGAGAGUUAACUGUUACAUUGGUACGGGAUGCUUUUUUUGCUUACAGACAUUACAUUUUACGUCUAACGACCAUCUUACCUAAAGAAGCUGAUAGAACUCUCUCCGAGCUUCUGGUUUUUGAUGUAUUGUCUUGCUCAGAGUGGAAGGGGGUAAAAUCGCAGUUUUUGUACCACAGUGUCUUUACUCAGCUUUCUGAUUUAUCCAUUGGCGAGGAGCAUGUCAUCAGAUUACUUGUGAGUCACUUGAAUGAUGGUGAUAUCGUCAAUAUCAAGUUUGACAUUGGGCAAAGGAAGCUAUCCAUAGUGGGGGAGAAUGUGGAAACUGUUCAUGAUUUAAUCCAAAGCUCUCUUCACUGGGGAGCUGAUGAGCAACAUAAGUUCUGGAGUCUGAUUAGGCUGGAACUUGUGGCUUCUCAGGUCCAAUUAGAGAAGUUGAUCUUAAAAUUCUUUUGCUCAGGUGAAAUAGAUGCGGAUAAGGGUGCUAUUGCAGUGGGAGGCCUUUUAGAUUUAUGCUGUUCUCGAUUGCCUACAUCCGAGCUUGUUGGGGCAAUCCUGCUGUUACCUAAUAACAUGUUUCAUAACUUUUCUGCUGCCGUCUUGCAAAUGUGGGCUGUGUCUCAUGCUUCAUUGUUGUUUAAUAGCUUAGCUGAGUUCUCUAAGAAAGUCGAAAGCAUCGACAGAAAAUCUAUCUUCUCCGAAUCUGCUGAGCUUACAAUCAACCAUUCUGCAGUUUUAUGGUUGUCCAAUUAUUGUGAUGCCGAAGGCUUGAGCAGAUCCAAAAUUUUUGGCAGCUUUCCCUAGAACACUCACUAAGAAAGGAAAAAGGCCUCAUGACACAAAGCUAGUCGGUUUCACUAAAGUCUGCACGCUUUGAGCGCCCUGCUGCUGGUGUGGAUGAUCCUGAAGGUGUCAGACUGGGCAACAGAGUACGUGGUGGAGGCUAUGCUGGCGCUGUGUCGGAGCAGUGCCGGAGGAACGUGGUCUCCGCCGGCAUGGUUACGCAGCUACUGCUGCUGGUGCAGAGCGACAGCAUGGAGAAGGUGAAGAGAAAGGCCCAGCUCCUGCUGAAGCUGCUCCAAGGCUCGUGGCCGGAGGAUUUGAUGAGGAAGUCCUACGAUUUUGCUCACAGCUAGGCCAUCGUCCCAUUCUGAUGAUGAAUCAGGAUAACUUCACGGACCUCAACCAUGAAAUAUCUAAAAGGCUCUUUGCCCUGCUUAAGAAACUGAGGGAGACCGAUCCUUCCUACCAUCAGUUGUGUCAUCUUUUAAGACAAGGUGAGCAGCUAAGGAAAAGGGUUUCUUCUCCUUCCAAAUCUGGUUGAGGACCAGAUGGGGGCACCAAUGGUUAUGUUGAUCGGGUGCUUCAAAUGUACCCCCAGGGUCAGCAGAAUGCAUGAAGUACAGGAAAUUAUCCAGUUGUUCGGUGUCCUGCUUAUCCAGUAAAUCAAUGCUUUCUUUGACCAACGGGUAUAACUUCAGGUUUUGCCUGGACUCCAUUCAAUGUGCGAAUGGUUGUUCAGUUAAUGAUAUCGGUCAGCGGACAGAUCUGCAGAUGACAUUUCUUGAUUCAUCACAAAAAUAGGGGAAAACUAGAUUCUGUGUUCGUGUUUUAUUUGAGAAGGGAAGAACAAAUUUUGUUUGCAUUGAUCUUUGUAUAUUUCUCUUGUUACCUCUGACUCUGGGUUUGCUUGUAGCCUGUAGGGAUAGACUGAUGACACUGUAAUCGUUUUGCCUACAGAGUUGGGGACAUUGUUCAUCAACUGUAUUCACAAUUAAAUUGUGGGAUUUAAUAAUAUUUUAUUAAAUACAUUUUGCAUUUUUUCCUUGAGA